GGGAGAGUGACUGGGAAUCACGUGGACUUGACCGAAACAGUGAGAGAGAGGGGGUCGAGCGUGAGAAUCAUCAUCAGUUCAGAGCAGCCACCGAAACACAGAGAGAUCACCUGGAGAACCCAGAUUUAACACAAACACCCCACACUGGGCAGCAGGAGAAGAGCAUAGAGCAGGCGAAGAGAGGAACCCAUGGCAGAGGAUGGUUUUGCAGGAGGCUGUACGAAAGCAGAGGAGGAGGAGGGGCAGGCGGCGGAGGAAGACCCCCAGUCCUACCACGGCGUGGGUGUGUGCAAGUGGUUCAAUGUUCGCAUGGGUUUCGGAUUCCUGUCCAUGAGCACAAGAGAUGGUGUGCCUUUAGAAACUCCAGUCGACGUGUUUGUUCAUCAGAGUAAACUGCACAUGGAGGGUUUCCGCAGUCUGAAGGAAGGUGAGGCUGUUGAAUUCACCUUCAAGAAGUCCUCCAAGGGUCUCGAGUCUCUGCGGGUGACGGGUCCUGGAGGAGCUCACUGUCUGGGCAGUGAGAGGAGACCCAAAGGGAAGAGUGUCCAGAAACGGCGGGCCAAAGGAGACAGGUGUUAUAAUUGUGGUGGUCUGGACCACCAUGCCAAAGAGUGCAAGUUGCCUCCCCAACCCAAAAGAUGCCAUUUCUGCCAAAGUGUCGCGCACAUGGUCGCCAACUGCCCCGCCAAAACCCAGCAGUCAUCUCCGGGGUCUCAGGAAAAGUCUAGUGGUGUCAAAGAAGAGAAAGCGGAGCACAGUCAUUCCCCACCACCCACCGACUGAGACAGCAGAGGACGGUGGGACCACGCUUGAAAACCAAUCAUAUCACUAUACUGAAAAAAAAAAAUGAAAAAAAAUGCUAAUGCUGCUGUUGGAACUCCCUCAGGUCUAUAGAAGCAACAGAUGAGAAGAAUGUAACUUUUUUUAUUGGUUUAACUCUCAGGAAUAGAGCUGCUCUCAGGAAUUUCAGUACAAUGUUUGGUGUACAGAAGUAGUUAUCUCAUAUCUCACUAAGGGGACGUUUACACGACAAUGAUGGACUAAAAACGGGAAAUGUUUUCCUUUGCGUUUUUUUUUUUUUUUUUUUUAAAGUUGUGAAUUCAAACGUAGUCGAAAUGAUCCCCGGUUACACUAAUCUAGAUAAAAGACUGAAAAUGCUGUAUUAUAUAUACUUUGUAAAGAAACACUAUGCACACAUGCAUUCUUACAUUCUCACGCAUUCCUACAGAUCGAAAACAUGUUAUAAAAUUUCUAAAAAAAAUUACAAAAAAAAUCACGUUUUUGUAGUUUACACAGACACAACAAUGAUAUCGUUUUACAAAAAUGUCCAUUUUCAGUCCUUAUUUUAAUGAAUGGCCAAAACGCAUAAAUUGUUUUCCAUUUUUAGUUGAAAACCUCAUCGUGUAAAUGGCCCCUAGGUGAUUUUUAAAAGUGUUUUCUCUACUGUCUACAGCUUGUCUAGAGUUGAAUAUACUCUUAUUCUUACAGAUUACUGUCUGAUCGAUGCAUUUGAAUGUUUGUUGUAUUUCGUGAUGCUUUUAUGAAAAUGUUUUGGUAGUGUUUUAGGGUGGGUUUGACUUGGGGAUUUGGCAACUGCCAGUUUUGCUCUAGACUCUCCUGAUCACUAGGGACCAAAUGAAUGUUAAACCUGGUUCUCUCAGCCAGCGGCUCAUUUUACACGUGUCCAAAUCUGUCAUUAGUGAUCUGCGGUUAUCUUCAAACAAUAACUCAAUCUAUUAGACAUGAAAGUACAUAAUCAAUCACACUUUUAUCUCUAAACUUCAGUCUACAGUCAAAUCUCGGCUUGGUGUUUGCUAUCUUGUCUUAAAUGCUGCUGAUCUGUGUGUCUGCUAGCAAUAUAUUUUGUUAUUUGUCUUUGACAAUUGGUCUCAGGGGUUUCUUGGAGCAAGAUAGAGAGAAAUAAGUUAUUCUUUUGAACAAAUGUGGCCCAUUCCUACGUCGAUGGUGAAGACAUUGGCUCCUUUCUCUAGCUGCCUGUAUUGAUUGGAAUGUAUUUAACAGCCUUUUACUCCCAUUUUACAGGAGAGCUGAAAGACUUGACAUAUUUAAUAUAUAUACAUAUAUAUAUAUAUAUAUAUAUAUAUACAUACUGCUUAUGAAAACCUUGUAUUAGCAUUUACUCAUAGUAUUUAUUUAUAGCAACGUGUUCUGCAUCUUCUCCACAAUGUAAAAGAGACUCAGGCUCAAGUAUCUCAGAAUUAUUUCCUAAAAUACCUCAGCCGUAAUGUGCCACGAAUCGGUUGACAUUGAUGAUUUGAUUUGUGUGUGUUUGUGUUUUAUUGCAAUGAUUUCGUUACAUCCUGGAUCAUUGUGAUUUCUCUCUGUCUGUGUUGAAGUCUGCACUGCUCUCUGCCUCGUCUUACAGAUUUAUGCUUUAUUUUUCAGUCGCUAUUUGACCUAUAAAUGCCUUUAACUUCAGUGUUGAAUCAUGACUGAACUCAGGAAUGUCAGAUCUCAAGGAGUGUGAGGAAGACACGAUUUGUGACACGAAUUGUAUUCUUUUAUUAUACUUUCAUACCAUUAUAAUCAUUCUAAUAAUUGACUUUUUGAUAUGUGUGGAUCAAACAGGAAUGUAUAUCCUAUCUAGAUAUGUUGUGGUUGCCUCUUACAUAAACUGGAAACAUUUCCGAUAUCUAAUCGAUUCCUUUAUGCAAUAAUAUUUAAGUUCAUGUUUUGUUGUAUUUAAUAAAGAAGGAAUCAUACAAGGUUUCGCACCAUUUAGAUGUGUUCAUGUUCAUGAUGUUUUUGACUAUCCUGUUGAGCUUGGAAAUCACUUUUUGAACAUUUGAAUGUAAUGUGAGGUUUUGCAAUGGUUUUGUCAUCUAAUAAAUUUAGUGGGAUAUAAGAAAAA